AUGCGUCGUCAGAGGCGGCACUCGCUUGGAGCUCCUCGCCGUCGACACACAGACGACCAAGAUUAUAUCGUGCUUGGUUCGGACUCGGGCAGGAUCGUCGUUCUCUCCUACGAUGCCACCACGAACACAUUCGUCAAGCUCCAUCAAGAGACAUUCGGCAAAUCAGGCUCGCGCCGGGUCGUACCUGGACAGUAUCUCGCAGUGGAUCCCAAAGGCAGGAGCGUCAUGAUCGCUGCCAUGGAGAAGACAAAGCUAGUCUACAUUCUGAACCGCGAUGCUGCUGCCAAUCUGACAAUAUCCUCUCCCCUCGAAGCGAACAAGGCACAUGCCAUCAUCCACUCCAUCGUUGGUCUUGAUGUCGGCUUUGAGAACCCGCUCUUUGCAGCUCUCGAGGUGGACUAUAGCGAAUCAGAUCAGGACGACACGGGUGCGGCAUUCGAAGCAGCCGAAAAGAUGCUGACCUACUACGAGCUCGACCUUGGUCUCAACCACGUCAUUCGACGAUGGACUGAUCCUACCGAUGUUCGAGCAAACAUGCUGAUCGCUCUACCCGGCGGUCAGUCGACCACCUCUGAACAUUUCGACGGACCUUCAGGCGUACUCGUCUGCACUGAGAACUAUAUCAUCUACAAGCAUCAAGGCGUGCCCGAGCACCGCGUUCCGAUACCCAAGCGCGACCAUCCCCUCCUAGAUCCAGAUCGCGGCCUGCUCAUCACGGCCAGCGUGAUGCAUCGUAUGAAGGGUGACUUCUUCAUCCUAGUGCAGAGCGAAGAAGGCGACCUCUACAAAGUCACCGUCGAACGUCAGGAGGAAGAAGUCUUGGCGCUCAAGAUCAAAUACUUUGACACCGUGCCCGUUGCGAGCAGCUUGUGUAUCUUACGGUCUGGCUUCCUUUUUGUUGCCAGUGAAUUCGGCAAUCACAAUGUGUAUCAGUUCGAUAAGCUUGGUGAUGAUGGCGACGAGGUCUCUUCAGCGGACUACCCUUCAUUCGGCAUGGAACGAGAAGAACCAGCCACCUUUUUCAAGCCGAGGCCGCUCGAGAAUCUCGUUCUGGUAGACGAGCUCGACUCUCUUUGUCCAAUCGUCGAUGCCAAAGUGGCCAAUGUGCUCGGAGCCGAUGCGCCGCAGAUCAUUACAGCCUGUGGACGAGGGCAUAGGAGCUCGCUAAAGAUGCUCAGACAUGGUCUCGAGGUAGAAGAGAUGGUCAGCUCCGGUCUUGGCUUCGAGCCUACUGGCCUCUGGACUACGAAGCUCAAAAGUGAUGACACCUAUGAUUCAUACAUCGUCCUGUCCGCGCCCGCCGCAACCAUAGUCUUGACCAUCGGCGAGAGCAUAGAGCAAGCGUCAAAUUCAGGCCUGGUCGAGAACCAACGGACGCUGUGCGUUCAGCAAGUCGGCGAUGACUCGAUCGUGCAGGUCCAUCCGGCCGGCUUCCUACGCGUACGUGCAGACGGCUCAAAAGAGGUCUGGCCGCUAGCGCCCGAGCGAGUCAACCUUGCUGUCGCUUGUGCAAACCAACGCCAGAUCGUGCUCGCCACCACAAGCGGUGAUAUCAUCUACUUGCGAUGCGAGCUCGAUGGCGAGAUCACCGUCUUCGACGACCGGAAGCAGCUCGGUGUCAGCGUUACCUCCAUGAGCAUUGGCGAGCUUUCGGAAGAUCGACUGCAGACAGAUUAUCUCUGCGUUGGCUGCGAGGAUCAGACUGUUCGAAUUAUCUCGCUACAAGAGCAAAAUUGUCUCGAGACCAUUUCCAUUCAGGCUUUGACCGCUUUGCCAAGCUCGAUCUGCAUUGCCGAGAUCCUAGACAGCAGCGUUGAUAAAACCCGGCCGACGACGUUUGUCAAUAUCGGCCUGCAAAACGGCGUCCUGCUCAGAACAGUCCUUGAUCCGAUGAGCGGUAGACUGACAGACACGCGUACUCGCUUCCUUGGCACUCGUCCGGUCAAGCUCAGACGGUUGGCGAUCGGCGAUUCAUCCGGCGUGUUGUCAAUCUCCAGUCGGACCUGGGUCAACUAUACCCAUCAAGGCUUGCUCCAAUUCGACCCGCUGAUAUCAGAUCCGCUCGACCAUGCAACAGGCCUGAGAGCGGAGGUCUGUCCCGAAGGCAUCAUUGGCGUUACAGGCGACACUUUAAGGAUCUUCACGCUGCCUAAAAUAGGCACGAAGGUCAAGAUGGACAGCAUACCGCUCUCGCUCACUCCCAGGCGAACGGCUUUCCAUCCCGCCGGCACUUUGCUCUACAUGAUCCAAUCCGACCAUCGCACGCUAUCGCCGAUCACGCAAGAGGAAAAGGCAAAAGACUUGAUGGAACCCAGCGAAGCAAUGUGGACCGCAGAAAUCAACGGACUCAUGCGAGCGGAAGCCGGGCAAUGGUCGUCCUGCAUCUCCAUCAUUGAUCCUACCGAGCCCGAGAACGCGACAGUGACUCAAAUAUAUCUCGAUAACAACGAAGCAGCGUUCUCGGUCGCAGUCGCGCAAUUUGCAGAGCGCCCCGGAAAGUGGUUCUUGCUCGUCGGUACUGCACAGGAUACCACCGUCUCGCCGCGGACCUGUACGCAUGGCUUCAUACGUACCUACGAAAUUACAGAAGCAGGGCGGUCGCUCGAAUUGCUACAUAAGACUGAGCUGGACGAUGUGCCCUUAUCUAUCGCCGCUUUCCAAGGACGAGCAGUCGUCGGCGUCGGGCGUGCAUUACGACUUUACACGAUGGGCAAGUCGCGACUGCUCCGCAAGUCUGAAAACAAGUCCUUCCCGGCAGCAGUUGUAUCUCUGCAGGUACAGGGGUCUCGCAUCUAUGCGUCCGACGCGCAGGACUCUGUCUACUUUGUCGCCUACAAAGCAGCAGACAAUCGAUUGCUUAUCUUUGCCGACGAUACGCAGCAGCGCUGGAUCACUUGUAACACCGUGGUCGACUAUGAUACGGUAGCAUCAGGCGACAAAUUUGGCAACGUCUUCGUCAGCCGGGUCGAUAAGCUCGUCAGUGAGGAUGUCGAUGAGGAUCAGACUGGCGCUGGAAUCUUGCACGAGAAACCGCUCUUCAUGGGCGCGCCGCACCGCUUGCAGCUACUGACACAUUUUAACGUCGGCGACAUACUUACGUGCAUUCAGAAGGUCUCACUGGUCGCCGGUGGACGCGAAAUCCUACUGUACACGUGCCUAGGCGGGACUGUUGGUAUGCUUAUCCCUUUCAUCUCGAAGGAAGAUGUCGAGUUCAGCUCAACGCUCGAAAUGCACAUGCGUGCUGAGAAUCCGAGCAUCGUCGGCCGAGAUCACCUCGCCUACAGAGGAUACUACGUGCCGCAAAAGGCUACAGUCGACGGCGAUCUGUGCGAGACCUUCGCGCUGCUACCCAUGCAGAAGCAAGCCCAAAUAGCUGGCGAGCUGGAUCGAUCGGUGAGUGAGGUGCUCAAGAAGAUCGAUAGCAUGCGCAUCCUCUCGAGUGGAUGGUAG